GAGAGGACGUGGUGGACGAACACGCCAAGCUAAUAGCGAUGCGCAGAGGCGUGUACGACCCAACCACGCACCAUGUUCAGGGCACCUGGAGGCUGCAGGCACCGAGGGAGUGAAGAGAUCUCAUGGCCUUCGCAUACACACCUGUAAUUUGCCAAGCCUUUCCCAAGCAGCAGGCUGCCAGGGCUGCAAUUUUUGAUUAUCCAACAUCAAAAUGUGUCCCAGUUCUUUGUCUGUGGCCUCAUUCUCUCAAGUCUACUCACUAGUUUUCUCUGACACAGGCAGGAAAGGAAAGAAAAUGGAUGGUUAGGUCAGGAGAAGCACUCCAAACACAGUUGCAUUCCAGCAAAACUCGUGGUGAGCCGCCGCCCUGUCCACUCUGCAUCCACAUGUGUGUCCGUUGCAUGGAGAGCACUGUGAGGUCAGGCAGUGGUUUGACAUGCAGAGCUGUUCUGCUUCCUGCUGCAGCUGUGCUCCAGAGAAGCUACUGUAAGUAUCAGAAAUCCCAAGGAGCUGGUACAAGAAGCUGGUGAGCUGAAGCUGCCUGAUCGUUACACACAGACACACAGGCAGCUCUGGCAGCUCCUGUAUUGGCAUUCAGGUUUCCUCCAGCUCCAGCGAUGGAUCAGUGCUGGUACCACGGCAACAUCACUCGCUCCAGAGCCGAAGACCUGCUCUCCAAAGUAGGCAAGGAUGGCAGCUUCCUUGUGCGGGCCAGUGAGUCAAUUGCUUCGGCAUACGCACUCUGCGUGCUGUUCCGGAAUUGCGUUUAUACCUACCGAAUUCUGCCGGACAAAGAAAAUAAGCUAAUUGUCCAGGCAUCAGAGGGUGUUCCCGUGAAGUAUUUCGAGAACUUGGAGGACCUGAUAGAAUUUUACAAGAAGGAGAACAUGGGUCUGGUAUGGCACCUCAAAUAUCCAGUGCCGCGGGAAGAGGAGGAGGCUGCAGAUGAGCCAGAGGAGGAUGCUGACCUGGUACCCACGCCUCCUAUCCUGCCCCCACGCAACAUCCUCAUGUCAUUGCCGAUCAGCGAGACAAAGGAGGUAUCUUCUCUCCCUGAAAACUCCAGGGUGGCAGAUGUUAAUAAACUGUCCCUUUCUGAGACACUACUCCAGCGACUGCAGUACCAGGACACGAGCAGUGUCUCUGACGAGCAUCUUAAACUCAUCCAGGAUUACCUGCGGGUUCACAUCAUCAGUGACUUUGAGAUGGUGCAGACUGGCUCAAGCAAUCUUCCUCAGCUGAAGAAACUACUUACACUUCUUUGCAAAGGACUCUUCAGUGAAGCUUCUAGGACUCUGCCAUCUCUGGAGUCCAUCCAAAAGGUGUUUGAGCAGCAGCUGCACCCGGGCAUCCAUCAGCGCUCACAAAUGCUCGGUGAAGCUAGUCCAGUCAAUAUUGUAUUGAAACUCAAUCAGAUGAUUUCUUUGCUGUCUUCCAUUGAAGAAAAGGUGAAAACACUGUUGAUUGAAGGUCCUGAUUCAACGCACCGGCGCUCCCUUAUCCCCCCUGUCACUUUUGAGGUGAAAGCUGACUCCCUAGGAAUUUUCUCAAAAAUACAUCUCAAGGUUGAUGUGGAAAUGGGAAAACUGAUUAUCAAGAGGGCUAAGGAUGGUCCAGAAGACAAGUUUUAUACCCACAAGAAAAUCUUGCAGCUUAUCAAGUCCCAGAAGGUCCCUAACAAACUGGUCAUUGUGCUGGAAACAGAAAAAGAAAAAACGCAGCGAAAGGAAUAUGUUUUUUCUGAUUCCAAGAAGAGAGAAGGGUUCUGCCAACUUCUGCAGCAGAUGAAGAACAAACACUCAGAGCAACCAGAGCCUGAUAUGAUCACCAUCUUCAUUGGGACCUGGAAUAUGGGUGCUGCACCUCCCCCAAAGAAGAUCACCUCCUGGUUUCUCUCCAAGGGGCAGGGAAGGACCCGUGAUGACACUGCUGACUACAUUCCUCAUGACAUCUAUGUGAUUGGCACCCAGGAGGAUCCCCAAGGGGAGAAGGAAUGGCUGGAGACCCUGAGGCAUUCCCUGCAGGAAAUCACCAGUAUCAGCUUCAAAGUGAUAGCAAUCCAUACCCUCUGGAACAUCAGGAUUGUUGUACUGGCCAAGCCAGAGCACGAGAACCGCAUCAGCCACAUCUGCACUGACAACGUGAAGACAGGCAUCGCAAACACCCUGGGUAAUAAAGGAGCUGUGGGGGUGUCAUUCAUGUUUAAUGGAACCUCCUUUGGGUUUGUUAACAGCCAUCUGACUUCAGGAAGUGAAAAGAAACAAAGACGCAACCAGAACUACAUGAACAUCCUGCGCUUCCUGACACUGGGAGAUAAGAAACUCAGUCCGUUUAACAUCACUCAUCGCUUUACUCAUCUUUUCUGGCUGGGAGACUUGAACUACCGUGUGGAACAGCCCCCAACGGAAGCAGAGAAUAUUAUCCAGAAGAUCAGGCAGCAGCAGUAUCCGGAGCUGCUGGCUUUCGACCAGCUUCUCAUAGAGAGAAAGGACCAAAAGGUGUUUCUGCAGUUCGAGGAAGAAGAGAUUACUUUUGCUCCAACCUACCGUUUUGAGAGAGGUACCCGGGAGAAGUAUGCUUACACCAAGCAAAAAGCUACAGGGAUGAAGUACAAUUUGCCAUCCUGGUGUGAUCGAGUGCUCUGGAAAUCCUACCCUAUGGUGCACGUUGUGUGUCAGUCCUAUGGCUGCACCACUGACAUCAUGACAAGUGACCACAGUCCUGUCUUUGCCACCUUUGAAGUGGGAGUCACCUCACAGUUUGUUUCAAAGAAUGACUCCAAGUACACGGAUUCCCAAGGGGAGAUAGAGUUCCUGCACUGCUAUGCUACUCUGAAGACCAAGUCCCAGACCAAGUUCUACAUCGAGUUUCACUCUAGCUGCUUAGAAAGUUUUGUGAAGAGCCAGGAAGGAGAAAAUGAGGAUGGGAAUGAAGGGGAGCUUGUGGUAAAGUUCAUUGAUGCACUUCCAAAGCUGACUCCAAUUAUUUCAGACCCAGAAUACCUACUGGAUCAACACAUCCUGAUCAGCAUUAAGUCAUCAGACAGUGAUGAAUCUUAUGGGGAAGGCUGCAUUGCCCUGCGAAUAGAAGCAACAGAAUCUUUAGUUCCUAUCCAUACUGUGCUGACACACCAUGGUGAGAAAACAGGGGUCUUCCAGGGUGAAAUCAAGUUACAAACAUCGCAAGGGAAACAGAGAGAAAAACUGUAUGAUUUUGUCAAGGUUGAACGUGAUGAAAUUGCUGGGCAGAAACCAAAGAACAUCAGCAACUUAGAGCCUAGCAAAGACUGGGAUCAGACUAACAGAAAAUCCAAAUCUACUCAUCUGAUGGCCAGAGAGGCAGCAGCCAUUGCUCGCUAUUGGGGAAGUGCUUCCUCUUCUCCAGACAACCCAGGAAAGGAGGAUAUGUUACGCAGCUCCACUCCCACAGACAUCAGCAACCCCAACUACCUGGGGAUGGCUUCUUUCUCUCAGCAACCCUCUGCAACCAGCCAGCUUAAGCAGAUACCUUCACCAGACCAGCCACCUUCUCUCUGGAGCUACGAGCAACAGCCCAAAGAGGCUACCUCUGUAAUGGGACAGAGUCAGUCAUCCUCCACAUCACCCUUGUUGUCACCUCCAUCUCCAAAAACAUCCCUCCAGACUACAGUAAACAGAAGCAUUUGUAGUCGGAGUCAAGAGUACCUGCCACCUGAACUGGGGAAAACCACAGCAGAGCCUUUGCUUCAGGAGGAGGGACAGCAAAAGCCAGAGAUGUUUGACAAUCCACUGUAUGGCUCGAUGGGCUCCAAGGGCAAGGUGGUAUCAAAGAAAGAGCAGGACUACCCCAAGGCCUUGCGAAAAGAGCAGCCGCCACUGCCUGAUCAGAGCUGUCAUCUCACAAAGUCACAGGAGCCCGAGUGCAGCAAGACCUCUGGCAAACAACCAUCACCACCUUUCCUGGUCCCCACACAGCGAUUUCGGUCCUAUACCUGCUCUGGCCAAUCCGAAGAAAAGAAUACAGGUGAAAAGACUCAAGGCAAACCAAAGAUGACUACAUCAUUAGAAAACUCAGCACCGCUCAAAAAACUAGUCAAGCCAUCGAGGUCUGAGGUCAGCCCAAGCAUCCAGGGACAGUUCAACAAGCCGCCCCUUCCCUCGAAGAGCCGGGCAGUGCUGGACAUGCAGAUCUCCAAGGGCCGAGACUAUCGGGACAGUUCAGAGCUGCCACACUCCGGGAAGCAUCGGACGGAAGAGGGACCAGUCGGCAGGACAACUACACCGUGAAAACGACACAGCAGAUGGCACCUUCGGAGGAAUCCUGAUGGGAAGAAAGAUGGAGAUUACUUCUUUGUUCAUACUGAUGUCCUCUGGUCUGGUUCUAAAAAGACUAGGGAAUUUUAUUUUUGAGGAUGUAUCCCUCUCUAUGAUUACGAAAAUGUUCUAGCUGAGUUUAUCCUAUGUUGCUCAGACCAAGAGGAGCCAGGAUCACAAUACCAAAUGCAAGUUAGCCUUUUGUUGUGUCACUUUGGUACUUCUAUUAAGAGGCAGGUGGUUAUGUACAUGCAUUAGUAAAUAUUUUGAAAAAGAGGAAGAAGGUACGGUGUAAGGACUAGGAGAUGGAAGGGGUGUAUUUAAAGAACCCCCUUUCCACAAAAGCAAAAUUUUUAUUUUGUGUUACAGAAUUCCUAUUGAAGAGUUGAUAUGUAAAAGAAAGCAUUCUGAAAGCGGUACAGCUCCAUAAGCAUGUCCUAUCCAUGGAGCAAGGAGUUAAGGGAGGGUGGGAAAAAGAGUUUGAAUAGCAGAUACUGAUGAAUGUCACACACUGUCAAGGGAGCCAGCUUUGCCUCUAGUGUGAGCUCCCAGGCUGCACACAUGCAUUAUUCAUGUAGAGUGUGAGGGCUGGCCCUUGGCACUGUAGCUCUUUUUUUUUUUUUUUUUUCUAGCAGGUAGUGCUUUUGUACCCCUAACAAACAAAGGGAAAUACCAGAACUACAUGCAGAAAUGGGAGAACAGGCAGGGUCCGUAGGCAGCCUAGGAGGAUAGCUGCCUGAAGGGACGGACAGCAGUCGUUCCAGCCUGUCUUACAGCAAGCACUCUGCUUUUGAAGGACACUGGCCGGCUGGUUUUGUAGCAUUCUUAAUAGAUUAAUGCUGACCUUACUGUACACUUCUGUUCAUUGACUGAGAAUGAAUAAUAUUAACAUACUUGUAAUUUCUGUUAUAUUCAUGUUAAGUAUUAAUGCCAUGGUUACAAUUAGGCUAAGCCUGUUUGUGACUUAAUUGUUGCUAUUCUUCCUAUGUUAAGUAUUAAUGCCAUGGUUACAAUUAGGCUAUGCCUGUUUGUGACUUAAUUGUUGCUAUUCUUUCUAUGUUGAUCACUUAAAAAUAAUAAAAUAGUCACCCUUCUGAUCA